UGUUUGAAUGUAAUGAAUGACUUGGGAAAACCGGAUUGAAUAUUAAUUGUGCAGUUUAAAUUUUAUUCCUAUCGCACCUAUUUCUUAUUUUGGUGCUGAUCAAACAACACAUGUGCCUUACUUUUGUGUUUUAAUUUUAUUUUUGAAAUAAAAUUGAGGAUUAAUCGUUGAAUGUGUGAAAUUUUUAUUUAUCGAGGCGAAUAAACAACAGUAAUUGAUAAAGUGUGUGGUUAGGCAAGUGUUUGUUAUUCAAAACUGUACUUGUUUCGAGAUGCCUUGUCUAACAGGUUGUCACUGCGCGGUUUUACUAAUAUUUAUAUCGAGUGUGGCGAAUUCGCUGAGGAUUCCCGAGAAUCCAUGCCCGAAUACGUUCCAUUACUAUAAAAAAAGUGACAAUGGUGAGAUAUAUGGAGAAGCCAACAUACCUUACGACAGAAGCAGUAGCUUGAGGUUCAGCGUUAAUGCUUCUUUGGUAGGAUACUUCGACAAGGCGGAAUUAAAAAUUCAGUUGGCCACCCCUCCGACACCAUUCGCCAAUGAACCGGUGCUUAAAUACAACAUAUUUUUUCCUUUUAAAAAUGUGAUACCUAAAAUAACCCAACUGACAUACAACGGACGCGUAUACUGCUCAGGGCCCCCUGAACCACUGAUACCUGGUACUCCUGGAGUCACGAACGUGUGGGCUAGUCAUUCAUACUCGUUCUCCAGCAUACUUAGCCGAGAGAAAGAUAGUGCUGAUAAUUUUGUUACCUCAACCCAAGAGAAUACUAUUUCUGAUUACGAUAUACCCGUUAGAGAUCCCGUUGCUGCUGUCAAUUCGAAUAAUAGUUCAAGGUCAAAUUUCAAUGAUAAUCCGUUCCUUAAUAUCGGUAACUCAGGAUCUACUGAGACACCUAAAGAAGCGCCUAAAGUUUCCAUUGACGAAAAAUGUGGUAUUGCAAACAAUUUAGCUGUGCCUUUAAUUAUUGGAGGAACAGAAACUCAAGAAGGACAAUAUCCAUGGUUGGCGGCCCUAUUUUCUUAUAAUUCUAACAAAAAUAGUUAUGAAUAUAGAUGUGCCUCCAAUCUGAUCUCAAAAAAACACGUGGUAACAGCUGCUCGCUGUGUUCAAUACUACAAAAUCCAAGUUGUUAAAACUGAGGAUAUUCUGAUUGUAUUAGGAAAAAAUGACCUGACACACUGGGCAACAAACGGAGCUGUCACCAGAGGUGCUUCCAAAGUACAGAGCCAUCCUUACUUUAAAGAAAAUUCAAAAUCUGCCCAUGGAGACGUUGCAGUAAUAACCCUAGAUAAACCAAUUCAGAUAUCGAAGACAAUCAGACCUGUCUGCUUGUGGGAGGGCAGUGAAGACUUGGAUCCCCUAGUGGACAAGAAGGGAACCUUAGCUGCUUGGGGGGCAGACCAAAAUGCUAAGGCGAAGGCUGAGUUGGUUACUCUGAAAGCGAAUCAUGUGGAAAUACCUAUCGCUUCCCAGUUCGAUUGUCUCAAGUCCGAUAAGAUUUUCCGCAACCUAACAUCGGAAAUGACGUUUUGUGCAGGAGCCAAGGAUGGAAGAGGACCUUGUGUGGGAGACAGUGGAGCUGGUUUUGUCAUACCAAAAAAUCGCAUUUUUUACUUAAGAGGAGUAGCCUCUAUAGCAGCACCUAGCAAGAAGGACGGUUUGUGCGACUUGAGCAAAUACACAAUUUUCUGCGAUGUGGCCAAAUUCGGAAGCUGGAUAAAAUCUUGCAUGGAGAGUUAGAGUAUUUAAUUAGUGAAUUUCAUCGAAGUUAUAACAACUAAUUAUUUAUAUACUUCUAUAACUGAUUUAACAGUUUACAUAUGUAUAUCCUUAUAUUAUAUGCUUUGUGUGUUUUUGAGAGAAUUGUCGACUUCAGGAGAAUACUUGCCACAUACUGUACGAUUGAACAAUAACAGUAAAAUUAUUUAU